AUGGCAUUCAGACCACUCACCGAUGCCAACUGCGGCGCUCCCAAUCCGCUCGUACAACUCACUAGCCAUUUAACCCGGGAUCAUGCACAUCAGGAGCAGCAUGGGCAGGCUUUUCCAGGCAGCUCAGAUCAACUUGUGGAACAGUUCCUCCAGGAAACCAGGGCUGUUCCACAGACAUUUCACAUGAAUGAUCUAAUGCGUGAGAUUCACGAUAUGGAAUCGCAACGUGCCAACUUACCGCCAGUGCCUUCCGCGAGUGUGAAAGAACACCUCAAUGAUGACAUGUGGGCCCUUCAAUACAUCCAGGACGGGAUGCACUUCAACGUGCAGCAACAGGACCACGAUGCGAUCUGGGCAGAGAUCUCCGCUCACGACCAAACACCGCAUCAACUCAACGCUGAGCAUAAUAUGUGGGCUGAAGAACUGGCGCACGGACAGGAAGUCGCCCAAGUCCAGCAGACAACUAAAGAGCUGCUGGACAGCAUGGACGACCCGCAGUUUCAAUAUUCCAAGUUCAUGAAAUUUAUGAAGUCUGUAGGUGACGGCGGCGGUGCCAUUGAAGCGGGAGACACGACGGGCACCUGGGCGGAUGAGUAUGUUCAAGGACUCGCGACUGAAGAUAGUAGUGGUUUGGCACAGGCAUGGGCUGAGGAACAUACGGCCGGACCAUCUUCAACUACAGAUGAUAACCUUUUUAAUUCAAAAUUCUGGGAUCGCUUGCAAAACGAAUGGAAAAAGAUGUCCGAACAAGAGGAUCACACCGACCAUCCAUGGCUAUCCGAUUUCAACGAUUAUUACGAUACGUACAAAGAGUACAAUUUCUCCGAAGAUAAUCCAAUGUUUGAUGUUCUGGACCCGCUUGCUCGAGGCAAGGAAAUGCUUGCGAAAGGAGAUCUUCCCAGUGCUGUUCUGUGUUUCGAAGCGGCCGUGAAAAAAGAGCCGGAAAACGCGGAAGCUUGGCAACUCUUGGGUGUUUCUCAAGCUGAAAAUGAACAGGAUCCAAACGCAAUUUGUGCCUUAAAACGAUGCAUCGAACUCCAGCCGGACAAUUUGAAAGCGCUGAUGGCCCUCGCGGUGAGCUACACCAAUGAGAACUACCCUCGACAGGCGUGCACGGCGUUGGUGAAUUGGAUGCGUCAGAAUCCCGAAUACGCGAGCCUCGUCCCGCCGGGAUUCGAAUUAUCUGGGCAAGUUUCAAGCCUUAUCGGGCCUGAUCAACUCAAAGAAGUUGAGGGUAUCUACAUUCGUGCGGCUCAAAAGCGACCACAGAAUGUUGACUAUGAAGUGCAGUGCGGAUUGGGCGUGCUUUUCAACAUUUCCAAUGAAUAUGAUAAAGCUGUCGACUGUUUUCGUGCCGCGCUCAACGUCCAACCUGAAGAUGCUCGACUUUGGAAUCGACUCGGAGCAACAUUAGCAAACGCGUCACGUUCCGAAGAAGCCGUCGACGCGUAUCAUCGUGCAUUAAACAUCGAACCCGGUUUUAUUCGGGCGAGAUACAACGUUGGCAUCACUUGCAUCAAUUUAAGUGCCUACAAAGAAGCCGCUGAGCACUUCCUGAUGGCAUUGAACGUGCAGUCGCGCGGCAAGGACCUCACCAAUUCGCCCGGUCAAUCGCAAAUGUCCGAAAGCAUCUGGUCGACACUGCGCAUGUGCAUAUCACUCAUGAACCGCACCGACUUGCGUCCGGCGGUGGACGCGCGCGAUCUGGACACGCUCAACCGUGCGUUCGAUAUUCACGAUUGAGCGUGGUGCCAAGUCGGAGAGGGUACAAUGCAUUUAGAUUUCUAAGAUUUUUUACAAUGAGAGCGCGAAAAAUUACUAACUAACCUAAACUAACAACUAACUAAAUGAUAUAAAUUGAUAACUGUGAAGAUUACAAUUGUUUCAAACAAAUUUACAUAGUAUACUGGGUGGGCAUACUGUGAAAGCAGUGAAGAAAGAUGAAAAAUAUUGAGAGUGUGGAGAGAUGUUUUAAAUAAUUGUUAAAUCCGAAAUGAUAAAGAGAUGUUAUUACCUAUCGAUUUUUUUUGGUGAUUUUGUUAUGUUAAAUUUGUUUUCUAAGAUGAAUAUAAAAAUAAAAGAAUGGUGAUAAUUA